UGUGUGCGCAGCCCGGAUACCGCAGCUGCGCAUGCGCGGUGCUUGCGCGUCCUCCUGCAUCAUCCCCACCAGGUAGUCCAUUCCCGUUACGAGACACGCACAAAGGAAGAAGCCAGAAGAACGAUUUGGUCGACGCGCUUGCAUUGCACACGGCCAUUUUGGAAGCUUCGGCGCUUCGUUGCGGAGCUUUCAUCGUCCUCCCGCGAAAGCUGUGUGCGAAAGGGAGAGAGGGGAAGAGAAAAAGCCGCGAGAUUGUUUUACCGGAACGAAACGUUUGAAACGUGUACUCUCGCGGGUACGCGGGUCGUCUGGCUCGAUGUGCGCGUGUGUAAUAAUACGCCGCGGGAGGAUGAGAUAGCGUCGGGUCAGUUAGUUUACUUGGUCGAUUAAUCGGCAAUCGGUAGAAACUGCAAGAGAGACGGGACUGGGAGAGGAAACCUGAAAACGGGCGUUAACGGGCUUUACAUUUGAACGAGGAAGUCACAAGUACCAUGGAGGACGACCAGCAGUUUUGCCUCAGGUGGAACAACCAUCAAAGCACACUCAUACAAAAUUUCGAUACGCUCCUCGAAAGCGGUACGCUGGUCGACUGUACACUUGCGGCGGAGGGGAAGUAUCUCAAGGCCCACAAAGUAGUCCUCUCCGCGUGCAGUCCAUACUUCGAGGGCCUCCUCAGCGAACACUACGACAAGCACCCAGUCUUCAUACUCAAGGAUGUUAAAUUCAAAGAACUUAAAGCAAUGAUGGAUUAUAUGUAUAGGGGAGAAGUAAAUAUUUCUCAAGACCAAUUGGCAGCACUACUCAAAGCCGCUGAGUCUCUUCAAAUUAAGGGCCUUUCGGAUAGUAAAACGGGUGGCAGUAGUAAGACGGAAUCCAGGCCACAAAAAAUUAUCUCGGUACCACCGUUACAGCCGCCAGUAUCAUCGUUAGACAUUCCACAUGCGUCUUCCGGUCUGACGAUAGAAAAGAACAAAGUUCCUAGGCAGGGUAUGACGCAAAGUUCUGUAGGGGAUUUGCCAGAAGACACAGCUAGUCCCCAAAUGCCGAAAAGGAUUUCUUCGAGGGAAGGUUCUCAAAGUCCAACUACGAGAAAAAGAAAGAGGUUUCGAAGAGGAAGUUUGGGCGAGGAUAACACAUUAGAGAACCAAGACACUUCGAAUUCCAGUGACAUGCCUCAACAAAUGAACGUACCAGCGCUCGGAAUCGCUCCUGUGGCAGAUGAGAAAACACACGCAGACGCUAGUGAUUCUCUCGGCAGGUCAGCGCUAAUGACGCAGCUGACGAAACCUGCGGAAGAGAUGUUGCAGCUGCCACUCGAAAAACCCGAGCCAAACGAUAAUCUCAUCGAGCCAAAGUCUGAAUACCUAGAGGAACCUGAGGAGGCCGUCGAAGACCUGACGUUAGACGAUGAUAUAAACGAUCUUAGUGAGAUGGAGCAGGACAACAACCGAGCUGGACCGUCCCACGACCCCGCCCAACAUCCAGCAGGUCUUGGUGCGUGGCACGUCACUGGUGAUCGAAGUAACGCAGGAGGCGUCGUGGGUUCGGUGGCGGGAGCUCCCGGAACGACGGACGAAGUCUUUCUAGCAGCUCAGGAAGCCGCACAACAGGCUCAUCGCGACUCACAAGAGAAGGAGAAGACCUCUGAGAAAAGGACAAACAAAUGCAAGAGAAGUAUAGAAAGCAGUCUCACUAAUGAUGAAGUUACAAAUAUCUCACAGGAUUCUCCAGUGAGUACUGUACAAGAUCUUUCAACGAAGAGCGGCCUGGAUCCUCCAAGAGAUGACGGCCAAGAUUCUUCAAUAAAUAUUGUGCAAGGUUCUUCAACUAAUAUCGACCAAGCUCCGUCGACACAUACUAAGCAAGCUCCUUCAACGAGUACCGGACAAAGUACUUCAACAAAUACUGCGCACGUUGAUUUAACGAGUGUCGACAACGAAUCCGAAAUUGUAAAUAUUUUGGAUAACAGCAGUCAUACCGAGGACAGCGAGGCCGAAGCUUCUGUACCUUGGGUGAACGCGAAGAGUGUUGCCAGCAGAAAGCUCAGUUACAAGUGUCCGUACUGCGGUAGUACUUUCGAUCAGCGCCUCAAUCUCGUACGGCACGUCUCGAUAACGUGUGUGUCAAAUCCAGAGUCUAAGAAUAACAAGCAGACUGGAAAACAUAAAUGCGAGGAUUGCGGUCGCUGUUACAAGGAGGCAAAGAGUCUGAGGCAUCAUCAGAAACACGAGUGCAAGCAAAUGGUUACGUGUACAGACUGUGGCACGGUUAUGCGGGAAAUUAUUCAAUAUCAGGAGAAGCAGAAUCCCAAUGGUCCCGACAUGAUGUUAUUGAAGCAGCAGCACCUCAUCGAUCACGCUACAACCUUUUCGCACAAUUAUGACGAUGCUGGGUUUUUAGAUUCUGCUCAGUUCGCACGCGAGUCUAAUGUCUUUGAGUCCGCUCAAUACCCGAAGAGCAUAGCAAAGCGUGACAAUGGACGGUUCUGGUGUCCCAAGUGCAAUAAUAGCUACAAGUACUUAGGUGAUAUGAAGAAACACUUGCGAUUCCAGUGUGGACAAGAGCCGAAAUUCAAAUGCCCAUAUUGCCACAAGCGGACGAAAGUGUCAUCAAACAUGUAUGCACACGUGCGCAGUAUGCACGCGGACUGCCCAAUGUACAUAAUAGAUUUAAAUAAAUAAUAAUCUUUUAAAU